CGCCUGCGCCCUGUGUUGCUCUCCGCCGCGUGGCUGCAGUCCGUGGAUAACAUGUACAUGCCCACGCAAACUUGAGCAGCUGGAGUCCCUCUGACUGACACUAGUGUAGAGGACGUUUUGGCUAUAUGGUGGGAAACGUGUGCUCAACUGAAUACAAAAUAAUCUCGAUAGAGUCUCAAGAUAGAAGGGGAGGUCAGCUCUUGGAGAGGUAGUUGUGCCAUCUAUGUUGGAUUUGCGCCGGGGCGCAGCGGCUGAGACGCGAGCGUACUUUUUCUGAAGACACUUCAACGCUGCUCCGACGGGAAACCGACAACAAUCAUCAUUGGGGACGUACACGACUGCCUGAUUUUUUACUUAUUUUACUACAAGGAUUUUUAUUUUUUAUUUUUGGGUUGGGUUCGUGCUACUUCAGAUCCUAAGGUGGCAUCUUCACAUCACUUGUUAUGUCUGUUGUAAAUCAAGAGACAUUCGAUUUUAAGCUGUACAACAGAGAAAAACAGGAAAUCAUCACAUUAAAGAAGGGAUAAAUGAUCACCUCAACCAGAAGAGUGUCUCCUGAUAAAUCUGAAGUUAGAAUCGCCUUCAGCCUCGAUGGCACAUCAGACAGAAAAGAUGCGGAGGACCUCUCUCAGACUUUCCCAGAUCUUGAACAGCGAUUACAGCCAGUGCCACCUUGUGUUUCUCUGAGAGAGAGCGUUCAGGUGUACAAGGAACACUGCAGGAUGGCGCGAGAGUUCCACCAGGUCAAACACGAGAUUGCUGUGCUGGAGGACCGCAAGCGUAAGCUGCUGGCGGAGCUGGUGGAGGAUGAGAAGGUUGCCAUGGAGAUCGCCCGUCUAGAGGAGGAGUUUCGGCGUCUAACGGAAGAGAACCGCAUCUUAGUGACCGUCCACAACGAGCGUGCUCAGCAGCUGGAGAGGCUCUGCCCGAGCAGUCGGACGAGGCAAGACUCCUCGUGACCUCUGACCUCCACAGAACCCGAGACCACCUGACUCUCAGCUGACACCAUGCCAGGAAACCCAACCGAAGGCUCAGCUCAGUGCUCAUUCUACACAACUGCAGUCUGUGAAUCAGCUAAUUACACAGAAAGGUGCUGUGUUUAUUCAUGUCUGAGUCAUUCACUUGAACCACAGACGUACGCAGACGUCAUCAUCGUGAAGUUGUUAGUGAUUCUGCCGAGCUAUGACACAACGCCACUUUUUCAGGUUACUGUUAUGUUUUCAUGUGAUCUUCGCGGUCGCUAUUGCAAUACCUAAUACGAUGUAUUCGUGCAAUGUCAGCUGCUGUGAAUGUGACCAGAUAUUCUUGAUGUCUGUCUCAGGUCCUGUGGAGACUCAGAUCUUUUAGCUAAGGUCUGUCGAGCUAGCCAGAGGCGGUACGAUGCGGUCCAAAUGUUGUAUUUUAUCGAGUGUUUUUAACCUCCUCUUCCUCUCUCCCACCCCCAGCAUAAAGAUGAGUGUUUAACACAGUGUCAGGGAUCUGGAAAUUACAACCAUUUGUCAGAAACACAAAAAGAAGAAGGGUCAUCAUCCAGUUCACAGUAUUUGCUGCGACACUGUAAGCGUUGUACAUUUUUUUUUGUUUUUUGUUUUUGAGUAGUUAAUGUAGCGUACCUGUAGAAGGGGAAGCAUACGACAAGAUAAACUGUUGCUUACUGUCCUCAUCUAUUAAUAAAAUGCUUUUGAUUUUAACAGCA